CCAUAGCCAAUAGGCGUUGCUCCUUUCCUCUUCUCUUCUCUUGUCCGACUCGUCCCGCCGGCCCUCCGCUUUCUCCACAAGCUUCCCCACCCUCACCACACCUAUCGCCACGGUUAUCUUCUUAAUUCCUAGUCCCCAUCUCUGCUAUAAUUGGUAAGGAGGAGCAGGGGAUUGAUCGGAACAGGAGGAGAAGGCUCUCUGUUUCUGACGGGAUCAAGAUCGGCAGCUCAUCAUAAAAACUGAAGGGCAUUGGAGGAGAAGGGAGAGCAAGGAAGUUCGCGAAGAAUGGACGGCGACCACGCGCCGCCGCCGCUGUCGGAGCGUGACGGCAGCUUCAACUACGACAUAGAGAGCAUGGACGGCGGCGGGUGGCGCGGCGCCGCGGCGGCGGGGAGGUUCGGGUCGUCGGAGGCGCUGCUGCGGUACGACGACGGCGAAGGCCCGCGCGAGCCGCUGCUGCGGAAGCGCACCAUGAACACCACCUCCCAGAUCGCCAUCGUCGGCGCCAACGUCUUCCCCAUCGAGAGCCUCGACUACGAAAUUGUGGAGAAUGAUCUUUUCAAGCAAGAUUGGCGAUCAAGAAAGAAGAAGCAAAUAUUCCAGUACAUUGUUCUGAAAUGGGCAUUGGUUCUUCUUAUUGGUGUGUUGACCGGACUUGUUGGCUUCUUCAACAACCUUGCAGUUGAGAAUAUUGCUGGAUUCAAAUUGUUGCUCACUGGCGAUCUCAUGCUCCAGGAGAGGUACUUCACAGCAUUUUUGGCAUAUGGGGGCUGCAAUCUAGUCUUGGGAGCCACUGCUGCAGCAAUCUGCGCUUACAUAGCACCUGCUGCUGCUGGGUCCGGUAUCCCUGAAGUUAAGGCAUAUCUUAAUGGAGUUGAUGCUUACUCUAUUUUAGCGCCCAGCACACUCUUUGUGAAGAUAUUCGGUUCCAUACUUGGAGUUUCAGGUGGGUUUGUACUUGGGAAAGAAGGUCCCAUGGUACAUACAGGGGCAUGCAUUGCGAACUUGCUAGGCCAGGGGGGAUCACGCAAGUACCAUCUUACUUGUAAUUGGCUGAAGUAUUUUAAGAACGAUAGGGAUAGGCGAGAUUUGAUUACAUGUGGGGCAGCAGCUGGGGUGGCAGCAGCAUUCCGUGCGCCUGUCGGUGGUGUACUCUUUGCUCUCGAGGAAGCAGCGUCAUGGUGGCGAAGUGCUCUACUGUGGAGAACAUUCUUUACAACUGCUGUUGUUGCUGUAGUGUUGAAGGCCCUGAUUGAGAUCUGCCGUAGUGGAAAAUGUGGUCUCUUUGGGCAGGGAGGGUUGAUUAUGUUUGAUCUUAGCUCAAACAUUCCGACAUACGGCACACAAGAUGUCAUUGCAAUAAUGGUCCUCGGAAUAAUUGGUGGUGUCUUUGGAGGCCUUUUCAACUUUCUCUUGGAUAGGAUUCUCCGUGUCUACAGUAUUAUAAAUGAGAAAGGUCCUCCAUUCAAGAUCCUUCUCACCAUCACAGUGUCUAUCAUCACAUCAGCAUGCUCUUACGGACUCCCUUGGCUUGCUCCAUGUACUCCGUGCCCUGUUGGAUCCAUGGAGGAGUGCCCUACCAUUGGUCGUUCUGGAAAUUUUAAGAACUUCCAGUGCCCGGCUGGUCAUUACAAUGGUCUUGCAUCACUCUUCUUUAAUACAAAUGACGAUGCCAUCCGCAAUCUUUUCAGCAGAGGCACAGAAAAUGAGUUCCACAUGACUAGUCUUUUCGUAUUCUUCACUGCUAUAUACUGCCUUGGUCUCGUGACUUAUGGUAUUGCUGUCCCAUCUGGUCUCUUCAUCCCUGUUAUACUUGCUGGGGCUACAUAUGGACGUAUUGUAGGGACACUUCUUGGCCCCAUAUCUGACCUUGAUCCUGGUCUCUUUGCACUGCUUGGUGCCGCAUCUUUCCUUGGUGGCACAAUGAGAAUGACCGUCUCAGUCUGUGUGAUCCUUCUGGAGCUCACCAAUGAACUCCAUAUGCUCCCUUUGGUCAUGCUCGUCCUUCUGAUAUCAAAGACCAUAGCUGAUUGCUUUAACAAAGGGGUCUAUGAUCAGAUUGUAGUGAUGAAAGGUUUACCAUUCAUGGAGGCUCAUGCUGAACCAUACAUGAGGCACUUGGUAGCUGGUGAUGUUGUGUCUGGGCCACUGAUAUCCUUUUCAGGUGUUGAGAAGGUGGGCAACAUUGUUCAAGCGUUAAGGAUCACGGGCCACAAUGGAUUUCCGGUUGUUGAUGAGCCACCAAUAUCAGAAGCUCCAGAGCUGGUUGGGCUGGUGCUUAGAUCACAUCUGUUGGUUCUGCUGAAAGGCAAGACCUUCAUGAAGGAGAAGGUGAAAACAAGUGGCAGCUUUGUGCUGCAAAGAUUUGGUGCAUUUGACUUUGCCAAGGCCGGUUCUGGGAAAGGUAUCAAAAUCGAGGAUCUGGAUUUCACUGAUGAAGAAAUGGAGAUGUAUGUCGAUCUCCAUCCGGUCACAAAUACUUCACCUUACACAGUGGUUGAAACAAUGUCACUUGCAAAGGCUGCAGUUCUUUUCAGGGCAUUAGGACUAAGACACCUGUUGGUUGUGCCAAAGACCCCAGGGAGACCUCCCAUUGUUGGGAUUCUCACAAGGCACGAUCUCAUGCCGGAGCAUAUCCAUGGGCUGUUCCCAAAUCUCCGCAAGUCACAUUGAUGGGCAAAAUGGGAGAACAUCCAGCAGGCCCUACAAUUUUUCCCAGCUUGUUAUUUCUUGUAAGGUGCUUGGACGAUGAAAUAAUCUGGUAUUGUUGUAAAGAGUUGAUUUCCCCCAAUCAGCAAUUCAUCGGAUUUCCUUGUGGUAGUUUAUGCUCUUGUGUAACAAACAGCAAUGCUCUUGGCAGUGUGUGCUCUCCUCCUCUUUUCCUCA